CAUGUUCAAGCUGACCUCUCAGUCAUGACGUGGGCGAUACUUAGUCAUGUGACUUGUCGUCACUACAUCCAGACUGUUUGGAACUAGUGCACCGGGCAGACCAACAUUGAGUGCACCAGCACAGGGAUGUUACGCAGAGCAGGCGGUCAUGGCCUGGAAGUCGAGGACCCGCAGUCUACAAGUGUUUGACACGGAGCUUAGCGCUGACACGGUGGAGUGGUGUCCUGUGUCCCAGUGCCACAACAUCCUGGUCUGCGGGAAUUAUCAGCUACACAAAGGGGUAGGGGUAGAGGAUGCCACUCCGAGACGGACUGGUCGAUUGUACCUUUUUGACUUUCGGCGAGACGAAUCAGUGGGUCCUCCUCUCACCGAGCUGCAGCGCAUCGACACCGCUGCUAUUUUAGAUCUAAAGUGGUGCCAUGUGCCAGUGUCAGGAAAGGCAGUCUUGGGAGCAGCAGCGGCAACAGGGGAGCUACAGCUGUACAUACUGUCUGACAGUCAGGAUGGCAGCCACAGUCUGCAAACUCUGAGAAGUCUGGAGGUGGGCGCAGAGCGCCUGGCUCUGUCAUUAGAUUGGUCCACUGGAAGAAUGGACAGCAGUGAUGUGCGGAUAGUCUGCAGUGACUCCGCAGGCUGUGUAAGCGUGCUCUCUCUGGCUGAGGGUGCUCUGACAUCUAUUUCGCAGUGGAAGGCUCACAACUUUGAGGCCUGGAUCUCAGCCUUCUCAUACUGGAAUACACAGCUGGUUUAUUCUGGUGGUGAUGACUGCAAACUUAAGGGAUGGGAUCUCAGGGUGGGUCCCUCCUGCCCCACAUUUACCAGUAAAAGGCAUUCAAUGGGUGUGUGCAGUAUUCAUAGCAAUCCACAUCGGGAACACAUCCUGGCUACAGGCAGCUAUGAUGAGCAGGUUCUGCUUUGGGAUGGCAGGAACAUGCAGCAGCCUCUUAGUGAGAGUGCCAUGGGUGGUGGAGUGUGGAGGCUGAAGUGGCAUCCGACCCAUCAGGACCUGCUGUUGGCAGCCUGCAUGCACAACGACUUCCAAAUCCUUCACUGCCGGCAGGCCCUAGAGGCCAGUGAAGGAGCCUGUCCUGUCGUCGCAUCCUACAUCCUCCACAACUCACUUGCGUACGGAGCUGACUGGUCCCGACUGUCCCUGGAGCAGCCUGCUCCUAGCUCCCCUCCCCCUGCAGAACCAAAGGAAAGCCUCAUAGAGACCAGAGGAGGGGGACACCUAAGGAUACAGUUCGAAUCUCCCACUGCCAGUUUUGAUACGUUCCUGGAGGAUGAUGCCGGACGAUACAUCCCAGAGGAUAUUGAAGCACCGUCCUCCACCCCUACAGCAAGCCCUACCCUCAACCCUAAUGGCGAUGUGCCCUCACUGUCCUGUCUACUCGCAAGCUGCUCAUUCUAUGACCAUAUGAUGCAUGUGUGGCGCUGGGACUGCACAAUAGAUGAGGCCAAUAAGGAAACUGAGCAGCAAACAUCUUCUGUCAAAUUAUAAAAUGAACCAAAGCUCAGCAGAAUAUAAAGCCAGCUAUGACAUGGGAACGACAUACUGUUAUGAAGCUCCUUUCCCUCUGCAAUACCUUACCACAAAACGUUUAAGUAACAAAACCCUAUAUUUUCAUAAUUAAAUUGAUUUUUCAUAGACUUCUAUUUAAACAGAUUAUGUACAGUCCUUAUACUGUUUAUUACAAUAUAAUUCACCCAAAGCUCACUCAUUUUGUUUUACAUUUUUUUCUCUGAAACACCUUGUUUGAAGACCAGCAUGAAUUUAACAAACAGGGAACCAUGCAGCAUGUAUGAAUGUUUCUUAUGGCUGUUUGUCGCAAAGUGAAAUUCUCUCUGGGAUCCUCUGCCUCACCAGGCUCCUUGUAUCUUUGAUUUAAUUGUUAUUGGCAAUUUGAUCAGUUUUAAUGUGUUUGAUGUGAUUUUUAUCCCCGACCAGCUUGAUGAAGGAUGAUAUCGAGACUGAGUAGGGAAGCUCCUCCAAAAAAAACCUCUUCCAUCUCUUAAGUCAGCGUCUGUGCUGCUGGCCUGAAAUCUGAGCUGAUUUUUGCCAUUUGAUGAUUUUGGAAAAAUAACUGUUGUAGAUUAAAAUGUGAAGAGGUCACUUUUAACCGCUGUUUACAUUCAUUGCAUUUUCUGACCAAUAAAUGACAACUUCUGCAUUCA